AUGGCGGAUGAGGAGGUCGCUGCGAAGCGAGCCAUCGGGCUUACGAAGCUCUUCAACGCUGUCAUAUUCGGUCAUCGCGAUCUAAAGAGCGCGGCGAAUGCCAACCGCUUCUUGGAAGCGCUCUGUGCUCAAGAGGAUGUGUCGAAAUGUGUCGAGCAGUUGAUAGCAGCCCCGAAGGCCCUUGGUGCGGUCGGAGCUGCUUUCCGGUUUAGCGCCAACACCGCCUUUCUCAAUGGACCGGCCACUUCUACCCUGCACCAUCUGGCUCAUCCAUCAGUGAAGCAGCUCUACGCAGGCCAGUUCCUGCAUCGCGUCCUCGAACAGAUUGUAGAACCCCCAACAUUCUGGAACACCUAUGUCGAGGCACAUAACGCACGUGUGCUUACGCAUGACGGUACGCACGCGUUCGCAUGGCUAUUGCUCGAGCUCCUUCAUGGCCGCUCCGACAGCGUACCAGAUGUACGCGACAUCGCGCAUCGUGUCACGAGCAACGAAUCACUCAUCAAUUCGGAAUCGCUGGAGGUCAGGAACCUAGGACACAAGAUUAAGCAUGUCCUCCAGAGCACCUCCACAGACGCCGUAGAUGGUCCCGGCGGCCGUCAUGACAAUGACUUUGCCGAUUAUCGGCAGGUCAAAAUCCUGCCUACUCCAGAUGAAUUCGCAUCUAGAGAGACUCCUUUCUAUAGGCGCUCAAACGAUGUCCAGGCAGUUGAAGCAGGGAGUCGAGGGCUAGUGCAUCUUGACAACCAGUUCCGCCUUCUCCGCGAAGACCUACUUGGAGAGCUCCGCAGCGACUUCCAAAUUGCAACUGGUCAAAAGAAAGGACGCCGCAAAACUGUUCUCGAGGAUCUGCGAUUCCUUGGUAUUGAAUGCGGUCCGGAUAACAAGCGCAAGCCCUGUUCGCUCAAACUUGAAUGUGCGAGUGACAUACCUCAGCUACGCAACAUCAAGGGCGCCAUAGCUCGUAAAAAGUACAUUUCAGAGAACAGGAACAUGCUCAAACACCAAUCACUUGGUUGUCUUAUCAGCAACAGCAGCAUAGUGGGUUUCGCGACCGUAGAACGGGACGAAGAUUUGCUCGCGCGAGAGCCUUCCGUCGUUGUGUUGCGAACGGCAGAUGCAUCAUCGUUUGCCAAAGUGCUGAUGGCGUGCAAGACGGGACAAGAUCUAAAUUUUGUGCAGGUCGAUACUGCCGUCUUCGCAUAUGAACCAAUCUUGAAAUGCCUUCGGUCAAUGAGCGAGUUACCCCUCAAGGAACAGGUGCUGAACUUGACACCAGGAGCAGGCGAAGUUCUCUCCGGCAUACAGCCUAACAACAUCAUCAACACAAUUCGCGAUGCCUGGGAGGCGGAUCUUCGGGAUCACAUCGGGACCACUGGACCCGUCAAGCUCGAUCUUGCCCAAGUAGAGGCUUUGCUUACUGGCCUAGCCAAGCGACUAAGUUUGAUCCAAGGGCCACCAGGAACUGGCAAAUCUUUUAUUGGUGCCUUGAUCGCGAAGAUACUGCAUGAUCAUACUGAUGAGAGGAUACUAGUGCUUUCAUUCACAAACCAUGCGCUAGACCAGAUGAUUAUUGACAUCCAGGCUGCUGGUAUCCCAUCAGACUCUGUCGUGCGACUGGGGGGAAAGUUCAGCAGUAGCACACAGGCUCUCAGUAUGUCCGCUCAGCCCAACGAUUACAAAAUGAGUCGCGAAACGUACACCAUGAUACAGGACCAGAAGGCGCAAGCUGAAGCCUAUCAUGCUGCUCUUUCCGACAAGUUAUCACGAUAUACUAGAUUGGGCCUGAACGAACACACGCUUCUUGAACAUCUGGAAUUCUCCGACGACUCCGAAUACUUCGACGCUUUGGUUGUACCUGAGCAGAAGGGCGAGAUGAAACUUGUAGGAAAGAAGAACAAGCGGAUCGAGCGAUCGUAUCUGAUCAAGCGAUGGCUCAAGGGUGAUGAUGCGGGGAUCUUCAAUGCAAGCGCACUUUCGAGCUUUGCUGAGAUUUGGACUACCGAUCACAACACAAGACUGGCUAUGAGGAACAAGUGGAUUCGAGAAUUGAUUGAAGAGCAAGUAGCAGGUAUUAGCACACUUGCAGCGAAGUACGACGAUUGCUGCAACAGAACACAGCAGCUGUUCCACAUGAAAGACUCGCACGUCAUCAGUAACAAGCGUAUCGUCGCUUGUACAACAACUGCAGCUGCAAAAUAUACGCAAGAUAUUCAGAAAGCUUCUCCGGGGAUCAUACUUGUCGAAGAAGCCGGAGAAAUUUUGGAGAGCCACAUUCUCACCGCAUUGACACCCGCCACAAAGCAGCUCAUUCUGAUAGGCGACCACAAACAACUUCGCCCGAAAGUGAACAACUAUGCCUUGUCAGUAGAGAAGGGCGAAGGAUACGACCUCAACGUGUCCUUGUUCGAAAGGCUUGUCCUUGCUGGAGUGCCCCAUACCACUCUCAGCAAGCAACACCGAAUGCGGCCUGAGAUAUCUGCACUUGUUAGAGCACUCACCUACCCUGAGCUGCAAGACGCAGACAGUGCCCAAGGAAGACCAGAUCUUCGUGGAUUUCAGGAUAAUGUCCUAUUUGUGACGCACUCGAAGCCGGAGUUGAGUGCCACCCGAAUAGCUGAUCGGCGCGAUGAGGGUGCCAAAACCAGCAAAGAAAAUUCUUACGAAGCUGACAUGGUAUUGAAAUGCGUUCGAUACCUAGGCCAACAAGGGUAUGGUACUGACGACAUUGUUAUCCUUACGCCAUACCUCGGCCAACUCUCGCUCCUGUUGAAAACACUUUCAGCUGAUAACGAUCCAAUCCUCAAUGAUCUCGACUCGCACGAACUGAUUCGAGCUGGCAUCCAGAUCGAACAGCACUACUCACCGAGAAAGAGCAAUUCGAUUCAGUCUGCCCUGAUGGGGGCUGUUCCGAACCAUGCCGGCGCAACAUGUCAAAAGUGCGAGGCAGAAGCGCGCGCACUAGAACGGCGCCGGCAACGUGAUCACAAAUUGGAUCAAGAGCGGCAGGCAAACCAGAAGGCGUAUGCAGCUCGACUCGCUGAAAUUGAGGACGAGAUUGAGCACCAGAAGCGUUUGCUGGGUGACCGCGCUGCUGAAGAAGAGCGUCAAAAGGCAUUGGCUCAGAAAAAACAGGAUCUCACCAAUUUGCAGAAGAAGAUCAAAGCUCCGGUGAAAGUUUCGAAGCAUCCGGAGCCUGCCACGCCCCCGGAUUCAGCGGCCGAUCGCGCCUCAAAUGUGUCUGGAGAUUCGCCUGCAUCCCAUCAAAGCUCAAGUGGAUCUCUGGAUCAAACUCAAUCAGCUUCAGAUGGCACGGCACGGCAGCAGGAUAGUGACUAUCCUGAACGGGACAAGAGCGAGGCAAAGGACGACUGGGAAGAACAGAAGACUUUGUGGGGUGCAGACAAUGAGGCACUAGACUCCUUGAUGUCCAUGAUUGGCCUCGAGUCCGUGAAAGAGCAGUUCCUUGCCACCAAAAGCAAGGUCGAUACCCUUAUCCGCCAGAACGUAUCUUUGAAAGGAGAGCGGCUUGGGGCAGCUUUGCUAGGCAAUCCUGGCACUGGGAAAACGACUAUUGCACGCUUAUAUGCCAAAUUCUUGGUCAAAGUUGGUGCACUUCCUGGAGAUCGCUUUUUUGAGAGCUCUGGAUCCUCGCUCGCAAACGAUGGGGUCACAACCUGCAAAGCGCAUAUCGAUAAGAUUUUGGAAGCAGGCGGUGGUGUCUUCUUCAUCGAUGAAGCGUACCAGCUGGUUUCCGGAAACAGCUUCGGCGGCAAAGCUGUGCUAGACUAUCUACUGGCAGAGAUGGAGAACCUAACGGGUAAAGUUGUAUUCGUCCUGGCAGGUUAUCACAAGCAGAUGGAAGUGUUCUUUUCCCAUAAUCCGGGUAUUCCUAGUCGCAUACCGGUCAUAAUGGAGUUUCAAGACUACAACGAUAAAGAGUUGGAGCACAUCCUGGUACAUUACAUCAAUGCGAAGUACAAGAGUAAUAUGAAAGUAGAAGGUGGGAUGAAGGGUCUAUACGUUCGGAUCGUUGCGCGUCGCAUCGGUAGAGGCCGUGGUCGGGAUGGCUUCGGCAACGCCCGGAGCGUUCAAAACAAGGUCUCACAAAUCACGGAACGGCAAUCAAAGCGUCUUCGAAAAGAAAGGAAAGCUGGACUGAUGCCCGAUGAUAACUUACUCACAAAGGAGGACUUAAUAGGCCCAGAGCCAUCCACCAUCCUCAAGAGCAAUACCUCAUGGUUGCGACUGCAGAAACUGAUUGGUCUGGCAUCGGUCAAACAGUCAGUGCAGGCUCUUCUCGAUGGGUUGCAGUUCAACUACCAGCGCGAACUGCAGGAAAAGACACUGGUGCAAUAUUCGCUAAACAGGUGCUUCAUAGGCUCACCCGGCACGGGAAAGACAUCAGUAGCAAAAUUGUAUGGACGUAUUUUGGCGGAUAUUGGGCUGUUGUCCAACGGAGAGGUCGUUAUGAAAAGCCCUGCCGACUUCAUUGGUAGUGUAUUGGGCGGGUCCGAAGCGAACACCAAGGGCAUCCUGGCCUCGUCUGCCGGAAAAGUUCUUAUCAUCGAUGAGGCAUACAUGCUUGCAAGCGGAGCUGCAGGUGACCCUUAUAAAGUUGCCGUGAUCGACACGAUCGUUGCUGAAGUUCAGAGUACCCCGGGCGAGGAUCGAUGCGUGCUUCUUCUGGGCUACAAGGAUCAGAUGGAAGAGAUGUUCCGAGACGUCAACCCUGGACUUGCCCGUCGUUUCCCUCUUGGGUCAGCGUUUGUGUUCGAAGACUUUGACGAUGAAGAAAUACGGCGUAUCCUAGACUUGAAGUUGAAAGAUGUGGGUUUCAACGCUACAGAUCAAGCUAAGAAUGUUGCCAUGGAUGUCAUUCGACGAGCCAGGAAUCGACCCAACUUCGGAAACGCAGGCGAAGUCGACAUAGUCCUUGAUGGAGCAAAAGCAAUGCACCAGAAACACAUGACUGCUGGUAAGGUUAAGGAUUUCGACACAUUCGAGGCCAUCGAUUUUGACCCAGAUUACGAUCGAGGUGAUCGCGCCGCAACCAAUCUCCCUGCCCUGUUUCAAGAUGUUGUCGGUUGCGAGGAUCUUAUCAAACAAUUCCAAGGUUACCAGACGACAGCUGCGAACAUGAAGGCCUUAGGCAUGGACCCGCGUGAACAACUGCCUUUCAAUUUUCUCUUCAAAGGACCGCCUGCUCAAAAAAUGGGUAAGGUCUUUUAUGACAUGGGUCUGCUUAGCCAAGCAAAGGUGGUGGACUGCUCAGCAACGGACCUAAUAGGGCAGUAUGUCGGGCAUACCGGACCCAAAGUGCAAAAGCUACUCGAAAAGGCCAUGGGAAAGGUAUUGUUCAUCGAUGAAGCUUACCGUCUUGCGGAAGGGGGCUUCGCAACCGAAGCGAUGGAUGAGCUUGUGGACUGUCUCACAAAGCCAAAAUUUGCACACAAGCUUAUCACCAUUCUUGCUGGCUACGACAAGGAUAUAGAUCGACUCAUGACAAUCAAUCCAGGCCUGACUAGUCGGUUCCCGGAAUCAGUCAUAUUCAAACAUCUGGACCCUGAGAUAUCCCUCGAACUUCUUACCAAGGACCUCCGCAACCUGCAGAAGCGCAAGAAGGCACCAUUGGACCUUUCUGUGCUAGAGUUUCCUUCUGUUCAACUGCAAAAUCGCGUAAUUGGGCUAUUCGACAUGCUUUCGAGGCUUGAUUCAUGGGGAAAUGCGCGCGACGUCAAGUCCCUGGCGAAGAAGAUGUUUGGGGCUUUAAUUUCCAAAGCAUCUCAACCUGUGUCCAAGCUUGUACUUACAGAGGUUAUCAUUCUUGAUACCAUGGAGAGCGUUUUGGAGGAGCGCUCGCGCCGCAAUGAAGCUGUUGGAACAAACAGACGAACCAUGCAGCCCGUCCCGCCUCAACAACAUUCCUCGAAAAUCGAGCAGCGAGAAGAGCAUGUCGCCAUCCAGAAAGUCGACACUAUUGAAACAACAGAGAUCCCGCUUGAGUCGAUCUUCAAAGCAAAGCGCGAUGCCGGUGUUUCGGAUGCAAUUUGGGAACAACUCGAGCUGGACAAGCAUGCGAUGGUAGCCCGAGAACGCGAAUACAGACGUCUUCAAGAGGAAAAGCGACGGGAAGAGAAGCGCAUCGAAGCCCUGAAGCAUGCUGAGAAGGAGGCUGCCAAUGAAGAAGAACGACGCAUGCGUGAGCAAGAGAGAGUUGCGGCAGAGCUAGAGCGCCGACGCAAAGAGGCGAUCUUGGCAGCAAUAGAAGAAGCACGCGAGAUGGAGAAGCGACGACAGAUGAGAUUGAGGCAGCUGGGGUCAUGUCCGGCGGGUUUCCACUGGAUCAAGCAGAGUGGCGGAUAUCGAUGUGCAGGCGGAAGUCAUUUUCUCGAUGAUGUAGCGCUCAGUGUGUAG